GAAACACGAGCGAUCACUCGGUCCGGACCAGAAAAUGUGACAUGACAGAGGAAUUAGCAAUGUUCUUUAAUUAACCCCUGUCGUUGAUCUUUUUAUUGUUUUACAUCUUCAGUAAUCUAAAGUCUAAAUGACCUAAACACCAUCAAAUAUGUACGAUGGUGGGGAAAGCAUGCCUCUUCCUACAUGGAAAACUUAUUUAUACACACUCCAACAGGAAGCCCCCAAACCACAUCGAAUUAUCUGCCAGAAAGAGGUAGCCAAACCACCUUUCUAUGGAAAAGAAUUUCACGGUACUUUAAAUCGUGAUGAAACUGAUCGUCUCUUAAGUCAAGGUGAUGGUUGUUAUCUAGUCAGAAAGAGUGAAAGAGCACCAGAUGCAUUUACUCUCGCCAUUAGGUUUAAUGGUGAAACAAAACAUUUUAAGUUAUAUUAUGAAGACAGCAAACAUUAUGUUGGAGAGAAGCGAUUCGAUACCGUUCACGAUUUAGUUGAAGACGGACUUAUUCACUUUUAUAUUGAAUCUCAUGCAGCAGACUAUAUAUCAACAUUAUCAAAAGAAUCAAACUAUGAAGAAUCACCUUACUUAGCUUAUAGUGCCAAACGUAAAAGACUGGUUAAUCAUAGAUCGCGACCCGCAUCAUCUAGAAGACUGGAUUAUACAGACAGUCCUCUUGCAUCAACUGAUGUACCGGAUACGGUAGCUGAAGAAAUAGAAAAUGUAGAUGUUAAUGAUGAUGAUGAUUCUACGACAGAUUGGAAAGACAUAGAAAAACCACAUUGUUUUAAGGUUCAGAAUUUUAUGGGACUACAUUGGUGUGAUUUUUGUGCUAAUUUUAUGUGGGGUUUGAUAGCUCAGGGUGUCAAAUGUCAAGAUUGUGGUUUUGGUGCCCACAAGAAAUGUUCGGAAGCUGUACCGAAUGAUUGUAUGCCUGAUAUGAAAUAUGUGAAGAGAAUCUUUGGAGGAGAUCUAACAACAGUAGUUAAAGCUCAGAAAUCACCAGUACCUGUGAUAGUAGAAAAAUGUGUCAAGGAAAUAGAAGCAAGAGGUUUUGAGAAUGAAGGUUUAUAUCGUAUAGCUGGUUUCCAUGACGAUGUGGAGGCUGUUAGAAUGGCAUUUGAUAAAGAUGGUGAGAAUGCUGAUAUUGGACCAAACAAGUAUGAUGAUAUAAACACUAUAACCAGUGCUCUCAAACUAUAUUUUCGUUUAUUACCCAUACCACUGAUAAAUUUUGAUGUGUAUAAACUAUUGAUAGAAGCUAUAAAACGUGAUGAUCCUGAGUCGGCUCAAAUUAAACUAAUUAAAGAACUUGUAUCUCGACUACCUCUUGCUCAUUAUCAAACUUUAAAAUAUCUGGGAGCUCAUCUUAUUAGGGUCACAGAACACAAGAAAAAAACUCUAAUGAAUGCUGAGAAUCUGGCUAUAGUGUUUGCUCCGACAUUGAUGCGUCCAUUGGAAACCGACCCCAUGGUUAGUCUCAUGGCGGCCAAAUAUGAACAGAAAGCUAUGGAAUUUAUUUUAGUGCAUUUUAAAGAUAUAUUUGGGAAAUGAACCAAACAUUGUGUUUCUCCGCUUGUUUUGUAUUUAUUUAUUUUAUUUUAAUCACGAGGAAGAAUGAGACAGUUAAAUUGAAUAAAUAAAAAAAGAUAUUUUUUGAACAAAGAGAAGAGAGGUUGAGCGAUGCAUGAUGAAUAUUUAAUUUUGUGAAUUCUGUUUUUCUACUCUUUAAUAUUAUAUAAAUAUUUUAUUUAGCGAUUUACAAUUCAGUUGUUGACAUAAUCACACAUUUCUAUUUUCUUUUUUAAAAAUAAAAUAAAAAAUAACAACCAUUCUGUCAGAUCUUAGACGUUUUGAUAAUAUUCCAUGGAAAUAAUCGGAAAAGGACAUUUUUUUUUUCUUCGGAAAAAGAGCAUUUAAACCACCAUUGAUUAUGUCUUAUUUUGGAAUUUACCCUUCAAUUUAAUUUUAAAGUUGAUUUUAUGAAGACACGAAAGUUUAAAAACUCAGAAGUUUAUAAAUAUGUGUUCUAUAAGCAUAUCAUGUCUCAUGCACAGUACCCAAUUUAUUUCACUUUUUACACGUUAUCUAUUAAUGGAAUUAAAUUUUAAAAAAAAGAGAUGAUCUGAUUAUUCCUCACAUCCAUCUUAGAAUUAUGGUCACAAUGUAUACUCUUCAAAAAAGUAGGGGAUAUUGAAAUGCAAAUAUCCUUGCAAGGUUGUGAUAUGAUAAAUAGUCAUGGACACUUGACAUGCUUUGUUUGAGUGUAUGUUCACAGAUGAAGAACUUAUCGCCCCAACAGAACCACUUAGCUUCACAUGCGACACGCAAUAGCGCCAUACACGUGGGAGGGGUUGUCAAAUUUGACACUUCAAGGAAGGGUUGAUGAAAACUGCUGCGUGCUGGUUUAUCUAUCCAUGUUUGCUUUCCUAUCAGUUCUUGCAUAAGAUUUACUGUUUAGUGUAUCUUUGCUUUAGUGUGUUACGUUUAAUGUUUAAUUUGAGCGGGAGCAAUUACUCAUUAUUAAGACAAAAAUAAAAAAUGUCGAUUUUCACUUUCUCUUUGCGAGUGAAUUGGGGCUGUCAGAUAAGCCGCCCAUAUGAACUGUUUAUGUUCAUGUGUAGGCAAUUGGCCUGUUAUUAACAUACACUGGUUACCUCUAAUAAAUACAGCAGUGCAUUUCUGCAGUUUUGUAUUGUUUCUGAAUAUCCCUUACUUUUUUUUUUGAAGAGUAUAUUUUAGGGGAUACUCGAUUGAAUGUUCCGGAAUUAAAUUCUCUCAAUUCCAUAAAUAGUGUCAAUUGAGUGAAAAGGAGAAUUUCGGAGUACAACACAUGUGCCGACUGCAUAAAAAAUAUCUCAACCAAUCAUGACAGCUGAAACAUAUUUGUUACUUAAAAUACAUCACAAUUCUACUCACACCACCUCAGCUGUCUGGACUGACAGAACUGUAACAGGGCUGAAUUCCAUAUCACUUGAUUGCAAUUCUGUCAUUUCUGGACGUUCUGGACUGACAAUCGAGCACCCCAUUGUAUCACAACAAAGGGCAAUAACUCUUGAUCAUAUUAUAAUUGUAUAAAGAACCACAUGUUACUUGAAGUACGAGAUUGGACCACUUGUUAUGAUUGUUAUUUAAUGUUUUACAUCAACUGUAACAUCAAAGUUGAUUGAGGGUUCUCAACUGGUGUUACAAAUACAUUCACCAAUUAAAGAGACAUGCUUUCAAGAAAUUAACUUUUUAAUUAAUGUAGUUUGUUUUCCCUUUAAACACAAAGUUAGUAUUCCAAGAUUCUGUUCAUAGUUAUAAACUGAUGAAGGUUUUUCUUUUAUAAGUCCUAGUCUUGUAUUAUAGCAGAACUAUGUGUCAGCAUUCCUUCAUGAAAGCACAAACAGGUAUUAAUCAUUGUUAAUCAAAUAAAUAUGUAGUCUUUUAUUAUUCCUUACUAUGUUUCAUAUUUCACACAGCAUUAUAUCAUUAUUAUUAUAUUUAAUAUGUAGGAGACAUAAUAGAAUCAAAAUGUAGAAUAAAGGGUCACAACUCCCCCGUUCACUUGUACAAAAGUCUUUUAUUUUGUAAGUAAUCUUAUGUAAAUGUGGGUGUAAGAUUACCAAAAAUCUUUAAACAGGCUUGGUGUCUUCUAUUUUAUAAUCUCGUGGGUUUUCUCCGGGUCCUCCGGUUUCCUCCCACUGCUAAAGACCCCUACGCGCAAGCGAAUAAUGUAAAUAAAAUUAAACCAUAUGUUAGUCCCGAAAUGACCUAGUUUGUGUCGAGUGGACUUAAACCCCAUUUCUCUCUCUCUCUCUUCUAUUUUAUUCCUCCAGAUUAGUUCAGAUUCCUUGUUUAUAAUAACAGCAGCGAUUUUGGACCGAGAAUAUAUACGUAUCUAUAUAAAAAAAAUCCACCUCUCUUACCUGGAUCAUAGUUUAGUGGUUUUAAAAAAUCAACCAUAUUUACUUUGGAUCAUAGUGUAAUGGUUUUAAAAAAUCAACCACUUGGAUUAUAGUUAGUGGUGUUAAUAAAUCAACCAUUUGGAUCAUAGUUUAGUGGUGUUAAAAAAAUCAACCACUUUUACUUGAGUCAUAGUUUGGUGGUGUUAAUAAAUCAACCACUUGGGUCAUAGUUUAGUGGUGUUAAAAAAUCAACUACUUAUACUUGGAUCAUAGUUUGGUAGUGUUAAUAAAUCAACCACUUGGAUCAUAGUUUAAUGGUGUUAUGAAACCAACCACUUUUACUUGGAUCAUACUUUAAUGGUGUUAAAAAAAUCAACCACUUGGAUCAUACUUUAGUGGUGUUAUGAAAUCAACCACUUGGAUCAUACUUUAGUGGUGUUAUGAAAAAAUCAACCACUUUUACUUAAAUCAUAGUUUACGGGCAUUAAAAAUAAUCAACCAUGGUUACUUGGAUCAUAGUUUAGUGGUGUUAAGCAAUCAACCUCCUUGGAUGUAUAAAGGCGGUUGUUUUCUUAAUACAACUAAACCUGACUGAACACACAGGUCACAUGGUCACAUUUCUAUGGAAUAUGAUUACUGUUGAUUAAUGAAUGAUUUUCUGACCAGUAUCCUCUGGUCUUUAUCAAAUGAUUUUUCUUGAUAUAGACAGAAUCCUGGUCCAAAUAUCACUCAGUGAUAAACUGUGGGUCUACUAGUAAUGGUAUUCAGUAGAAUUUUAUACUGAGUAUAUUUCAUUUGUUGUGCAAUCAUAAUAUUCUAGGUUUCCUGGAGUAUAUCCUUUAAAGCGAGAAUUAGUUCUUUAUUUAGUCUAGUAUUAACAAAUCAAUUUACACCAGUAUUGUAUAAACCUUAUGUCUCUAAGGCUGGGAUCACAUUGGGACUAUUGUCCAAACAUACCAAGGGUAAUUGUCUUAGAUAAGAGCUGGCUUCUGAUUCGAAAGUGAUUAGAAUUAGUAUAGUCUAUUGUAAUACUGCCAGCUUCACACAAAAUCUAAUCUUGUCAGUGUGAAAUUCCAGUGUGAUCUGAGUAGGCUCUGCUAUUUAUCUUUGGUCAAAAUAACUAUGGAUUAUUUUUUAGUAUUUAUAGUCAGAAAAUGGAGAAGUCUUGGCCUGUAAUAUUUAAAAAGGUCAACAGUUUAUGUAAUAAAAUAAGCAUGAUGUUUUUUGUGAAUUGUUUAUACAUGUAUACAGCUUGUUUUAUUUCAGUCUAUCUAUAUAUUUACAUUUAUACUGUAUAUAUACGUGGUGUUUUGUUUUCUCAAUGUGCUGCCAUUAUGCUGUAGUAAAUUUAUUUUAUAAUCUCUC